AUGAACGAAGCCGAGCCGGAAAAGCUUAGGACUUUCCUGGUGGAGCUCCUGAUGCGCCGGGCGCAGGAAGCUAAGCUGGAUAGGUAUGUGGUGAAGGUGUCGGAUUUCCUCCGCAUGGAGGGCGCCCCGCUUGCCCAUGAUGCGCUGCAAGAGGAGGGCCUGCUCCAUGAGUGGUAUCCAGGCAUGUUUGCAAUUUUCGUGUCUCAUCAGUGGCUGGGGGCCUCUCAUCCAGAUCCUCAGGGAAAGCAGGUUGAGGUGCUGCGCAGCGUGCUCCGUGGCUUCAUGGACGGCUCCCUCCAGGUGGAGCCCCAUGUCCCCAGUAUGAUCUACUCGGGCUUCGUGCCGACAUGGCCUUCUUCCAUGAGCACUGCCAUUGCAAAUGGCUUUCUGUUCUUCGAUUGGUUCGCUUUGCCACAGCUCUUGGAGUGGAUCACGGCGCGGAAAGAGGGUGUGAACGAAGAGGUUACAAGAUCCGAUGCCGCAAAGGCGGUACAGUCCAUUCCCGCGUAUGUUGAGGCCUGUAGCCUCUUCAUCACCCUAGCGCCGGAGCUACGGCACACAGAAACUGGGGCGAUUUGCAACUAUGCGUCGUGGCUAUCCAGAGGUUGGUGCCGGGCAGAGCUUUGGCUCUGGCUUCUGUCCAACAGGGCCAACAACAGCGUGGUCAUUGUGUUCUCGCCCACGGAGGCUGAAUUCAUGUUCCAAGCCGACUGGCAGGACAACAGCAUCGCGGGCGGCGACUUUACUGUAUCGGCCGACAGGGAUGUGGUUUGCAAGCUUGGAGAAGCAGCUGCGGAAGGCAAACUUCGGCACCUUCGCAACCAGGGCCCAACUGAUGCCUAUCGCUUCUUUGUGGCGCAGAAGCAGAGGUUCCUGGACUCAAAUCCCGUGCCAUGGGGCGUUGAGGAGUUUGUUGAGAAGAUGCACUUUGAGAGCUUGGAAGAUGCGGCAAGAAAUCGGGAUGGUAUGAAUGGAUUACUUUCUGUGGUUUAUGCUGGAGAUGUCAGGCUCGUGCGCGUGCUAGUGGAACUUCGCGCGGACGUCAACAGACGAGCUUGCGGCCUUGGCGAGUUCGGAUUGUACGAUGGUAUGACCCCCUUGAUUGUUGCCACCCGCUCGAAUCAGAGUGCGGAAAUGCUUUCUGCCUUGAUCGAGCUGCGGGCUGAUGUUGAUGCCCGAGUCAAAAACACGGGGCUCAGCGCCGCAGGCCUCUUGCGCUCUGAAGGCCAGGUGCAGGUGCUACUGGCUGCACGCGCAGACAUGCACUCUCAGGUCCUGCCAGUGCACCUCCACCCCCUGGCCAGCAUUGCCGGAUAUGCUAGCAAGGAGGCUGUCAUUGCAAUGUUGGCGGCUCGGUGUGACCCGAACCCUCCGAUUCUGGGAGGGGUUGGCUGUGGUCCGCUCCAUGCUAUUGCCUUGUUCGCCAGGGGCAAGAGAGAUGCUGUAUGCAAAGCCGAGCUGCUUUUGGAGGCUCGCGCCGACCUAAACGCUCGCUCGUGCACCUCGGGCUCUGUCCGAAUGCUCUGCCAGAAUGCGCGGGUGCGAGCGGCGCUCUGGGGCUUCGAGAGCUGCGCUGCAAAGACUCGAUUCAUGGCAAGCCUGCCUGGCAUCACUCCACUGGGGAUGGCAGCUCUCCUCGGGGAUGAGGCCUUGGUGGAACUCUACCUCAAGGCCGGGGCCGAAGUGCUUCCGAAUGACCGCGGCGACACCCCCGAGAUCCUUGCAGCCGCGAAUCACCAUGAGCGCUUGGCUGCAUCUCUGGCAAUGGUUCCGUUCUGUAGCGAUUUCGUAGAUGCGCUGGAACUGGAACCUGAGGAAGGCUUGGCGCUGUUCUGGUAUGGCAAAGUCCUAAUCGAGCAGCAGCGGCAUCAGGAGGCUGUGUCCUACCUCCAAGCUUCCAUCCAGUUCCACGAGCCAACGCGCACG